AUAAAAAGAGACGCUGUAAAACCGCUGGCAGAUCAUAAAGGCUUUCCGCAGCAAUGAAAAAUAAUUGAAUUCAAAAUAUCGAUAACAAAUAACACAUGCCUGCUCCAUGACGUGACGGCGUUGCCAGAUUCAGUUUUACACACCACGCGAAAUUUGUUCAAAUUGACAAACAAAAGGAGAACAAAUAUGCCGCUGGAGUCGCAGCGGUACAAAUAUUAUAAAGCGCAGCUUAGCGAAUUGUUGCACACCACCAUAGUGCACAUACGCAACUAUUAUGACACACUUAACACCACAGCACCACAUCUAAUCACGCAGGCGAACCGCCUUUGGGAGUUGAGCCAACGACAACAUCUAGUCGCUGGCGUUGACCAGGCUGCAGAAGCAAGACUGCUGAUAUCUUCCCAAGUUGCACAUCAGUCCAUCCACAAGUUUCUCAAUCGGCAAAAUGGGAAGUUAGCUGAAAUUGCCAAACAAGUGGCCGAUUUUGAGAGGGAAAGCAACGCCCUAACAGAGGAACUGGGCGAGGUGCCAAAGUCGCAGCUUUGUCCGCUGGCCGACUGGCGUGCCUGGCUGUCUCAGGCAUUAAGUGUGCUCCAGACCCAGGCAAAGUAUUUGGAGUUGCAUUCGCAUUCACUGCUGCCCAAACUGGUGCAGGCUUCCACAGUCAAGCAGUUCAAGGAGGAUCUGCAGUUAGCUCAACACUACGAGGCAAGCUUUCGCAUGGGAUUAGCGACAGCGGAGCGACGGCCGGAACUGCUGCCAAUGUCAAUGGCAAUUGCAAACUAAAUUACGCAAAUAUACAAAUUUAUCACCAGUCUUCAUAAGCGAUUUAUCAAUUUAUUCGCGUUAAGCUGCCGAUCAUCAGCAGAUCAGUUCCAUCUUCCGUUCCUCUCUUUCGCAUUUCCGCACCGAUUUUCACAAAUGUGCACAAAACAAAAAUAAAAAAAAGCAAAUUACA